AGCUGUUUGGGGUUAAUGUUCAUACCUUGCUCUUGUUCUCUAUAACAGUUCAAGAGGAUGCUGAACCGUGAAUUGACCCACCUGUCUGAAAUGAGCCGCUCAGGGAACCAGGUCUCUGAGUACAUAUCCAGUACCUUCCUUGACAAGCAGAAUGAAGUGGAGAUCCCACCUCCCACCCAGAAAGACCGAGAGAAGAAGAACAAACAGCCCAUGUGUCACAUCAGUGGAGUGAAGAAACUGACCCACAGCUCAAGCCUCAACCUGAGUAACUCAAGCAUCCCCAGGUUUGGAGUAAAGACUCAUCAGGAAGAAGCACUAACAAAGGUAACAUUGGGUUGUUGGUCCCCAGGGCACAAAUACCAGCCAACUGCUCCAGGCUUGAAGUGGAAACUCUGUGAAAACCCCAGGGAAUUGUCAAGCUGGCUCUGGGUUUAGCACU